AUGCGUGAAUCAAAACGAAGCAACGAUCUCUUGCAACAACAAGCAUCAGCUGAUAAAGAUGAUAUUCUUCAACAAGUUGUUGAACAAGAAUAUACAACAUUAUACCGUCAAACGCAUAAAGCCUCACAAAAGAUAGCACGUCAUGUUCUUCGAAAUGUAGUUCAAGCAAGUCCACCACGUCCGUUAUCUAUACCAAUACCUAUAACUACAGUAGAUUCAACUGUAGAAAUACAUGAUGACGAACACACUGUUUCAGUAAUGGUAGCUGAUGGUACUAAUAAAAAUUCGCAAAAAAAUUCAACAAUUCCAACUGUUAUGCCAACACUUCCUAUUGUACGUGAACUAACAUCAUAUGUGCCAACAGCAAAAAAUGUUGCUACACGUGGUCAUCUUAUUGGUAUACCAUAUUUAGGUGAUAAAUUCGAUGCUGAAGAUCAACGUUUAAUUAAUUCAAUAUCAGUUGAACCAUCGAAACAACAAAAAUUAAUACGAAAAAAAAAACUUGACGAACCAUUAUUGGAAAAUCUAUUUCAAUCGCUUCGAUCGAAUAAAACAUUGAAUACGUAUUCAAAUGAACGAAUCAUCGAUGAGAUACUUCAUUAUCAUCGCGAUUCAACAUCAAGAGCAAGACUUAUGGCAUUACCAAAUCAAACUACUUGUUUGACCAUUGAUAAUCAACAAACGAAUACAAUCAGUCAAAAGUGUGAGUCAGACGAGAUUGAUAUUGAUGAUAUUAUUAUUAAACGUUGGUGUGCUCGAUUUUGUCCACGUUGUUAUACUUACAAUUGUUUAUUACAUAAAGAAGGUCCAUCCCAUUUACCACUACCAAAACGAUUUUCUAUUUCACAAGACGAUCAAUCGGAACAAUGUAGCUCUACAUGCUAUAAAUAUCAACGUGAAUAUCAUAAGAGACCACUAUCUCCAUCGGCAUACAUAGAUGAGUCAUCCGAUCAAAUAGAAUAUAAUCAAAAACGUCAACGUAAAUCAACAAAUAAAUUUCUUUUAAAUUCGAAUGAAAAUCUAAAUAUGGAUGAAUGUGUUGAAGUGAAUAUCCAAUUAAAUGAUUCACAACGAAAACAUUCAUUACCACGUUUAACAAGAAUUGAAAAUCAUCUUCUAUGCCAAUCGAUUCAGCCAUGUUCCUUAGAAAAUAAUUGGACAUUAACAGACCGAAAUUUAUUUCGUUUAUUCUAUUUUGCCUUGGAUGGUGAUUUAUGUUUAUUCAGUCAAUUAUUUGAUUAUAAUCGAACAUGUAAAGAUCUAUAUCAACAACUGAUAGAGGAUUCAAAAUAUUUUUCCGAACGUAUUUCAUUGAAAAACGGUUCACCAUUUUUAAUACGUCAACCCUAUCGAAGACGUAUGCCGGAAGGUACAACACGGGCAUUUCUUAAUUAUAUGAAAAAAAAUCUUAAUCGAACAACUAGUAAUAAUAGAAAGAAUUCAAUCAACACAGAAACAAUAUUAAAACCAUCCUACCAUCCAUGUCUACACGAUGGGCCGUGUUCAUCGGAAAAUCCUGAUUGUUGUUGUAUUAAAAUGGGAACAUUUUGCGAAAAAUUUUGUAACUGUUCAAUUGAUUGUCCACGUCGAUUUCCGGGUUGUGCAUGCAAAGGAUCAUGUUUAUUUAAUAAUUGUUUAUGCAGCGCAGAAGGUCGAGAAUGUGAUCCAGAUCUAUGCCAUAAUUGUGGAGCAUCUCUAUUUUUUAAUCAAUUUAAUCCUUCAGUUAAAUCAGAAGUUGAAAUACCAAUGAUAAGAGAAGAUGAAAACGUUUCAUCAACUGUAGCUGUACGAUGUGGUCGCUCACGAACAACGAAUAAUUUGCCAGCACGAUCACAUAGUGUUCGAUCAUGUCGUAUUAACGAACCAUUAUAUAAAAUGACAUCAACUCAAACGCGUCGUACGAAUUCAAGAGCAUCAUUAAAUUUCAAUACAUCGCAAUUUUCACCUAUGAUUACAUGUGCAAAUAUUGCAAUGCAACGAAAAAUUCAUAAACAAAUUCUUGUUGCUGAAUCAGAUAUUGCUGGUUAUGGUGCUUUUCUUGGUUCACCAAUUGCAUACCCAGGUGAUUUGAUCGCAGAAUAUACUGGUGAAAUUAUUUCUGAAGAAGAAGCUGACCGUCGAGGUCGUCUUUAUGAUAAACGAGCGUGUUCCUAUUUAUUCAAUCUUGAUAUGCAACAUUGUAUUGAUGCUCGACAGUUUGGCAAUAAACUUCGUUUUGCUAAUCAUUCAUCUAAACCUAAUUGUGUUCCAAAGAUCAAGUUAGUCAGCGGUGACUAUCGCAUUGGUAUAUACGCAAAAGAAGCUAUAUUUCAAGGUGAUGAACUAUUUUUUGAAUAUAUGUAUGAUCCACAUCAACGUCAACAAUUUAUUAAUAAUGAACGUGUUGAUGAAGCUGAACAGGAGAAUUUGAUCAUUUUAACGCGUUAUGGUGAUAAUUUUAUGCUUGUGCAACCAUCAUAUGAUUGA